AUGGCUGUGGCACCCCGGGCCCUGGCACUGCUCUUGCCCCUGGUGCUCGCCCUGCUCAGCCGGGCCCCCGCGCCCACCUUGGGAGGAUGCCCGUCACCUUGCCGGUGCUCUUUCGCCACGCUGCAGUGUCUGGAGCCUGACGGUAUCACCAGCAUUCCGAUUCUGGCGGGACAAGAGAGCGAGAACGUUACGGAGAUUUACAUAGAAAACCAAGUAGGCCUGGAGAAUAUCACAGAAUUUGAUCUUGUUAACUACAGAGAGCUGAAGAACCUCACGGUCACAUCAUGUAAGCUGAGGCUCAUCUCUGCCAAUGCCUUCCAAAACAACAUAAAGCUCCAGUAUGUGAACCUGGCAUCAAACUCCCUGGAACACAUCUCCUGGAGGGUGUUCCAUUUUCUACCUUUGCUCAACCUGGUUUUGAGGGACAACCCUCUCGUUUGCUCAUGUGAUCUCUUCUGGCUACAGCAGUGGCAGCGUAAUGAACGUGGCGACCUGGACAACCAAAUGUUGUCUUGUUUCUCUGACAACCAGGAAAUACCCCUCAACUUUUUGGUGAUAGAUAACUGCAGCCUGCCUUUGGUGACUAUAGUCUCCUCCAAAGACAAGAUUCAAGAGGGAGGCAAUCUGACAUUUGAGUGUCACGUGACAGGAAGUCCCACCCCCAGUGUGAGAUGGCAAACCGAUGAGCUCAAGUCUCCCUUCUUUACCCAGGAGAGAAUCUGGGGCUCCACAUUAGAGCUGGUCCUUUACCUCACCAACGUUUCCUCCAAAGACAACCUGCGCAAUCUCACUUGUGAGGCAGAGAACCAGGCAGGGCCAAGGGAGGAUAUGGUGCAACUGGACAUUGAGUUUCCAGUCAAAAUCCUGUUCCUGAGAGACGCUGUGCAGCAGCAUUACUGGUGUUUCCCCUUUGCCGUCGAUGGCAACCCCGAACCAAGUAUCACCUGGCUGUACAAUGGCAAUAUACUGAAAGAGACCACCUACACAUACACCCAGUUCAUCACCGACUCAUCUGACGGAUCAGUGAAACACGGUUGUCUCUUCCUCAACAAGCCCACCCACAUCAACAACGGCGAAUACACUCUGAUUGUGCAGAACACACUCGGAAGGGAUGAGGCCAGCGCCACUGGGAUGUUUAUGGACAACCCCUUCGACCCGUUGGAUCCUGAGGGGAUCAUUCCUGUCAUUGAUGAGUCUCCAAGUCCUACAAACAAAUCAGGAGUGGCUGUCACGGAGAACCCGGAGGGUCGAGUGUUUGUGGUUUCUGUGGCAGUGGGUCUUGCUGUGUUUGCCUGCACUUUUCUUCUCAUCAUGGUUUUGGUUAUUAACAAGUGUGGCCAGCAUUCCAAGUUUGGUAUUCACCGUUCAUCAGUUUUGGGUACAGAGGAUGACCUGGCUGUGUCCCUUCGUUUCAUGAACUUUGGAACCAGCCUUCCUUCCUCGGAUGAAGACUCUGGUUUAUCCAGCUUUGUAGAGAAUCCACAGUACUUCUGCGGCAUCUUCAAGGACAAAGACAUGUAUGUCCAGCAUAUUAAACGGCAGGACAUCGUGUUGAAGUGGGAGCUGGGUGAAGGAGCGUUUGGCAAAGUCUACCUGGCAGAGUGCGCUAACCUGAGCCCCGACAGCGACAAGAUGCUGGUCGCGAUCAAGACUCUGAAGGACGCCAAUGAGUCGACCCGACAGGACUUCCAGAGGGAGGCUGAGCUGCUGACGGUGCUCCAACACCAGCACAUUGUGCGAUUCUACGGCGUCUGUACGGAUGGAGAGCCGCUGGCCAUGGUGUUCGAAUACAUGAGGCACGGAGACCUCAACCGCUUUCUUCGAGCCCACGGCCCUGAUGCCCGUAUCCUGGAGGAGUCCAAGAUGCCGCCGCUGGGUCAGCUCACCCUGCCUCAGAUGCUGCACAUCGCCGCCCAGAUCGCCUCGGGCAUGGUCUACCUGGCGUCACUGCACUUUGUUCACCGCGACCUGGCCACCCGCAACUGUCUGGUGGGGGAGGGCCUGGUGGUCAAGAUCGGAGACUUCGGCAUGUCCCGAGACAUCUACAGCACAGACUACUAUCGGGUGGGUGGACGCACCAUGCUGCCAAUCCGCUGGAUGCCCCCGGAGAGCAUCAUGUACAGGAAGUUCACCACGGAGAGCGACAUCUGGAGCUUUGGCGUGGUCCUCUGGGAGAUCUUCACCUACGGCAAACAGCCCUGGUACCAGCUCUCCAACAGUGAGGCCAUCGAAUGCAUCACGCAGGGACGGGAACUGGAGAGGCCACGCACCUGCCCCAAGGAGGUGUACCUGCUGAUGCAGGGGUGCUGGCAGAGAGAGCCCCAGCAGAGGAUGGUCAUCAAGGACAUCCACAGCCGCCUGCUGGCCCUGGUCAAGAACCCACCGGUUUACCUGGAUAUCCUGGGAUAA